ACCCUAAUCAAGGCCCCAGGGGACGUGGCCGUUGCUCGAGUCGUAUGUGCCAUUCUCCUCUCCACCUCCGUUGCAGUCUCCAAUUAUCUGAAGGAGGCCGCAUUAAGGAAUCGGUCGCCCUGCGGCGAUGGCGUUGGCGGCGGCGGCAGCAUUGAAGGAGGCCACAAAGAGUUUGGCGGAGGGGUGGCGGAUCAUCCCGCGGCCGAUCCUCGAGACAAUACUCAACAACUACGCUCACCACCACCGCGUUCAUCAGCCCGUCAUCUUCCACGGUCCACGCGGCGUCGGAAAAACCUCCCUAUUACUCCACCGUCUCCUCCCGGAAUGGAAUAAAGGCGCCCACGUUACGGCCUAUGUCGACUUUGCUGGUGAACCCUUCGCCACCCGCCCUUGGGCCUCUUUCUCGACCGCCUUGGAGCUUCCAUCCCUGGGAGCAAUUCGUGGACGCCUGGAGAGCGAACUCGAGGCCCUAGUCGACCAAGGUGUGCGCCGCGGCAGCAUUGGCAGCCGGGAUGUCUUUGACGCGUUAAACAAGUGGCACGGCCUCCACACCGCUCUCAAACGCAUCAUAGGACCCAAUCUCCUCUCCAAGCGUGAUGAGACGGCUUCUGUUUCUGCCCUCUGGUCUAAGGCUAUGUUCACUUUCUCUUCCCGGAUUGGAAGUGAAGAGAUAAAUGCGAAUCUGGCCACUGAGGAGAAAGCAAUUUCAGCAGGUGGUACGAGAAAGUACUCCAUGGGGGAGGUAGCACACAUGAGAGAGACAGCGGUAUCAAUAAAACUUGCGAAGGAGGUUAUCAAAAUGCAUCAAGAAUGGAGGAGGGAGGCCGUUAGGGAUCUAAACCGCAAAGGAGGGUUCUCGAGGUCUCUGGCUAAUUCAUCUACUGAUUGGCCCUCACUCUUGCUCGAUAUCCUCUCCAGUGCAGCAGAAAUUGACUUCUUCCAGCCAAAACUAGUUAUAAACAACGUAGAUGUUCUGCGAAAGGCAAUCUUAACAGAUGAUUCAACAGUUUCUGCUACAAUGUAUCAUGAUAGUUUCAUUUGGCGGUUGAUAGCCCUAGGUGUGAAUGAAAGAUGCUUACCUGUCGUUCUUGUAACAUCAGAUAGUUACUAUUCAUACCGGGCCUUUAUUGACUUCGGAUUUCCUAACAUUUUUAUCUCACGCGAGACUUUUGGGUGGACGCCUCAAGAAGCUAAGCUGCAUAUGGUUUCUGAUUUCUUCAAAGAGUCCGAGUGGAAAGUGAUUGACGAAGUACUUGGUUCAAAUCCACGACAACUUUACGAACUUUAUGUGCUCAAACAAAGUGGUUAUUACCCAGAGGCAUAUCAGGGUGACAAAAGUAAUUUUGAGGAUAUUGUGGAUGCUUACUUAUCGUAUCUACAAGUUACUGUGGUGAACCCAGCCAUGGAAUCAGCUUUACUCAUUGUCCAAAAGUUUGCUUUUGAUGCAUAUAAUGGUAAAGUUUCUGAAGAUCGAUUGCAUUUUGGUGCACCUUGGAGGCAUCCACCUCGCACUAAUGACUCUGUUUCAUCUAUCAUGUGGGCAAAGAUUCAACUCAUAGAUUUUGUCCAAUCAUUUUUGAUCACUGAAUUCGGUGUUAAUUAUCUAGCUGACCAGAGCCUUGAAAUACUGGACGAUCCUUCACUUCUUGCCAUGUUGGAGGUGGGAUUGUUAUAUACACAGAGAGAUCCAUCUUUUGUUCGGCCAAUUACUCGUGGUAUCCAGAGAUGCCUAGUGAGAUGGCUUGUUCAACAAAAGCUGCAAAUGGACUUUCGGGAGCGUCUGGAAUACUUAUGGCAACGUAUAAUCCGAGGUCGAAGUUACCGCCAUUUGAUGAAGGAAAGUGGCUAUAAAAGAUGAGAGAGGUUCUCUCUCUAUGAAAUAUGAAUGUAAUGAUACCAGCUGCCCCACUCUCCAAUUCUGGAAGCAUUCUUUUUCUCAGCUUGUCAUUAGUUUUCCACCAGUUAUUUUUCAGAUUACUGGAUGGUUUGACAUGUUCUCUAAUGGAUUAGCUGAAACUUUCCAAGCUGAUAUAAGUAAUAGGUUGCUCAUCAUCGCUUAAUAUCUAGAAAGACAAACAACUUUCAUUAUGCUCUAGUAUGAUACUCUCUCUUUGGCGAUGGAAUUCGGCAUUUGUUUGAUACUGCAGUGCGAAUAAGGAGUGUUUCAUUGAGGGAUAUGUUCUGACAUUAAUAGCUUAAAUGCUGCAGACUGUUUGUUUCUCCGAUUUGUUUUUCACCCCUCCAUUUAUAUAGAAUUGCUACACUUGGUUGGCUAUGUGGCCCUAUCAAAAUCACGUUAUAAUUGUUUGAUGUAUUUAUCUCAAUGAAAAAUGUACGAUGGACUUCGAACGAUGCAGUUCUUUCUACCGAGCAGAUUGAAACCUCAAAACUCAGGCAUUUGAAAAUAAGCUAUUACAAUCCACUCCUUUGUUCAAAUUAUUUACAUUGUUAAUUUUUUUUGUAACAUUAUUAUUAUUUUUUAUCAGCGAUUUUGAUACAGUGAAAAUGGAUGAUUAUAGCCUGUAUUAUUUGUGGGAGUUAUUUUAUAGCUUCU